CUCAGUAGCGGGAGGGAGAAGCGCGAGGAAAGCGACUAGACACCAUGUGCACAGGGGGAGGGAAGUGGGCAGGAGAGGCGCGCGAAGGCUGAGCGCCCAGGCAGUCAGCCCCUGGAUCGCCAAGAGGCGAGUCGGGGUGAGGGGUCCGGCGGCGCGGGCGCGGGCGGGACGCGUGCAGUCGGGGCAGAUCCGGGCCUCGCGCGCCGCUGCAGUGGCCGCUCGCGAUGAGCGAGGCCAGCCGGGUGUGCUCCGGCUACUACAGCCUCAAUCACAGCUUCGUGGAGCCCUUUCAGUGCCCCCGGCGAGGCGAGGGGGCCUCCCUCCUCUACUGCUGUGGCUUCGCGGACCUCAAGUACUGCUGCAGCGAGCCGGGCAGCUACUUCCCCUACAAGCACAGCUACAUGUUGAGCCUCAGCAUUGGUGCCCUGAUUGGACUGGGAAUUGCUGCCCUUGUUUUACUUGCAUUUGUCAUCAGCGUCUGCGUCCUUUGCUACCUAUUUCUGUAUACAAAGCCUCAAAGGUUAGACACUGGCCUUAAACUUCAGCACCUGGAGGCUGUUUCUACUCAAGAAGGUAUCUCAAAUAGAAAAACCAAAGCCCCCAGUUCAAACGCAGCAUCAAAUUCAACAAAUGAAACAUUCUAUGAAGCUGAUGAUAUAAUUCAAGAAAAAACAACAGAUACGAAACAGAUCAACAUCGCUUACUGUUAAAAAUCCUGUGUUGUAAAAGCUCACUGGAGAGAUGGAGCAAUAAAAAUAAAGAGUGCAUUUCAA